AUGUUUCAACGUACUACCGCCACUUUAGUCAGACAAAACAAGGCCAUUGCCAGAUUCUAUUCUGAGGGAUCUACAGGAGCUCCUCGUUCUGACGGAUCCGGCGACGCUUUCACCAAGCGUGAGAAGGCUCAAGAGGACUUCUACAUUAAGAAGCACCAAGCCGAGCAAUUAGCCAAGCUGAGAGAGCAACUUAAGAAUCAGAAGGAACAUCUGCAGAACUUGGAGAAAGAGAUCAACAACAUCAAAGAGAAAUAA